CCUGCUCGGUGACGUGCUACGGUAAGCGUACUGACUCACUUCCGGUUUACUUCCUGCUCUGUGUACACUGUUUGGUGCUGUAGCUCUGUCAGUGAACGCUAAAUAUAAAUUAGUUUUACUCGUUACAGCGGUUAUGUACCCGCUUAACAUUUAAACGUAGACUAGUUCUACUUAAACACUCGGAGUUUCUCCCUCUUUUAGGGACUUUUCACUACUUUCAAAGUUUUUCAUACACUCUAGCUUCAUUAGCAUUAGCAGUUAGCUAUGGCUUCUCCCUCUCCCUCUCCUCUGUCCUGCUCAGUGUGUCAGAUGUUCAGUUAUUCCUCUGCCUCCUUUAAAGAUAAUGGUACCUGUAUUAAAUGUAGUUUAUUUACUGCGCUGGAGGCGAGGCUUAGUGAGUUAGAGGAACGGCACCGCACCACUGAGAUAUCUUUAGCCGCUAUAGUUAGCCAGCCCCCAGUAGCCGGUGCGGUCCGACCAAAGGUAGCUUCUGUUAGCUCUGUAGAUCCCCCGGUAGUUCCUCCGGUAGUUCCUCCGGUAGUUCCCCCGGUAGUUCCCCCGGUAGAUCCUCCGGUAGUUCCUCCGGUAGUUCCUCCGGUAGUUCCCCCGGUAGUUCCCCCGGUAGAUCCUCCGGUAGUUCCCCCGGUAGUUCCCCCGGUAGUUCCCGAGCAGCCGGGAAGACAGGGAGGCUGGGUGACUGAGCGAAGGAAGACUAGAACGGCGAAGCCCACAGGUCACCACCAACCGCUUCACGUUUCUAAUACAUUUUCCCCACUCAGCGAUACACCCGCUGAGGAACCAACUCUGGUUAUUGGCAGCUCCAUAGUCAGAAACGUGAAGUUAGCGAAGCCAGCGGCCAUAGUUAAAUGCAUCCCUGGGGCCAAAGCGGGCGACAUUGAAUCAUAUUUAAAACUGCUGGCUAAAGAUAAACGUAAAUACAGUAAGAUUGUUAUCCACGUCGGCGGUAAUGACACCCGUUUACACCAAUCGGAGGUCACUAAGAUUAAUGUGGAGUCGGUGUGUAACUAUGCUAAGACAAUGUCUGACUCCGUAGUUUUCUCUGGACCCCUCCCCAAUGUGACCAGUGAUGACAUGUAUAGCCGCAUGUCGUCAUUCCACCGCUGGCUGUCGAGGUGGUGUCCAGCAAACGAUGUGGGCUUCAUUGAUAACUGGAAGCCUUUUUGGGGAAAACCUGGUCUGAUUAGGAGAGACGGCAUCCAUCCCACUUUGGAUGGAGCGGCUCUCUUAUCUAGAAAUAUGGCGAAGUUUAUUUCUAAAACCUGACAGUCCAGAGUUAGGACCAGGAAGCAGAGCUGCUGUCUUACACACUUCUCUGCUCUUUCUUUAGAACAGUCACCCACCCAAAACCCCAUAGAGACUGUGUCUGUCCCCCGACCACCUAAACUAUUUAAAGAAAUAAAAACAAGAGGAGUUCAACAUAAAAAUCUAAUUAAAAUUAAAACCAACUCCUCAGUAGCACAAAAUAAGAGAAUGAAAUGUGGGCUGUUAAAUAUCAGGUCUCUGUCCUCUAAAGCUGUUUUAGUGAAUGAAUUAAUAUCAGAUUAUGAUAUUGAUUUACUUUGUCUUACUGAGACCUGGUUGUCCCACGAGGAGUAUGUUAGCCUAAAUGAAUCCACCCCCCCAGUCAUAUUAAUACUCACAUUCCUCGAGGCACAGGCCGAGGAGGUGGAGUAGCAGCCAUAUAUGAUUCGAGCGUUUUAAUGGACCCUAAACCUAAACUAAAUUAUAAUUCAUUUGAAAGCCUUGUUCUUAGUCUUUCUCACCCAAACUGGAAAACACUGCAGCCAGUUCUAUUUGUUAUAGUGUACCGCGCUCCUAGACCGUACUCUGAUUUUAUAUCUGAAUUCUCAGAGUUUCUAUCAAGUUUAGUCCUUAAAUCAGAUAAAGUAAUUAUUGUAGGUGAUUUUAAUAUUCAUGUGGAUGUUAACAAUGACAGCCUUAGUAAUGCAUUUAUAUCAUUAAUAGACUCAAUUGGCUUCUGUCAGAGUGUAAAUAAACCAACUCAUUGUUUUAAUCACACUCUUGACCUUGUUCUAUCAUAUGGCAUUGAUAUUGAACAUUUAAUAGUCUUCCCACAUAAUCCUUUCCUAUCUGACCAUUAUUUAAUAACUUUUGAAUUCAUACUAUUAGAUUAUAAGCCAUUAGGCAAAACUUCCUACAGCAGAUGUCUAUCUGACAGUGCUGUAGCUAAAUUUAAGGAGGAGAUUCCUUCAGUAUUUAAUUCAAUGCCAUGUCUGAAUUUAACAGAGUCCUAUAACAACUUUAGUACCUCUGAAAUUGAUAAUCUUGUCGAUAGUGCUACAGGCUCACUACGAUCAACAUUAGACUCUAUCGCUCCUAUAAAAAUGAAAUUAUUAAUACAUAGGAGACUAGCACCGUGGUAUAACCACCAAACCCGCCAGUUAAAGCAAAUAGCUAGGAAAUCUGAAAGGAAAUGGUGCUCUUCCAAAUUAUCAGAAUAUCGUUCAAUUUGGCAAGAGAAUCUUAAAACUUAUAGAAAGGCCCUCCGUAAUGCCAGAGGAGCCUAUUACUCAGCACUAAUAGAAGAAAAUAAGAAUAACCCUAGGUUCCUCUUCAGCACUGUAGCCAGGCUGACAGAGAGUCACAACUCUAUUGAGCCACAUAUCCCCAUAAACUUAAGUAGCAAUGACUUCAUGAGCUUCUUCUAUAAUAAAAUUAUUACUAUUAGAGAGAAAUGAAUCACCAACUGCCAUCAACAGUUAUCAGUGGCUCUCCAAGUUCAGGGACUUCUGUCAAUGUAAACUUAGAUAUAUAUUUAGACUGUUUUUCUGCUAUCGAUCUUCAUCAGUUAACUUCAAUCAUUUCUUCAUCGAAGCCAUCAACCUGUCUAUUAGACCCGAUCCCAACUAGGCUGCUUAAAGAAGUUGUUCCCUUAAUUGGCACUUCUUUACUGGAUAUGAUUAAUCUUUCUUUAUUAUCAGGAUAUGUACCACAGUCCUUUAAAGUAGCUGUAAUUAAACCCCUUCUUAAAAAGCCCACUCUUGACCCAGGGGUUUUAGCCAACUAUAGACCGAUUUCUAACCUCCCCUUCCUCUCUAAGACUCUGGAGAAAGUAGUCGCCAAAGAGUUGUGUGACUUUCUACAUAACAAUAGUUUAUUUGAGGAUUUUCAGUCAGGAUUUAGAGUUCAUCACAGCACAGAGACAGCUCUGGUUAAAGUUAAUAAUGACCUUCUGAUUGCUUCUGACAAUGGACUUGUCUCUGUACUUGUAUUAUUAGAUCUUAGUGCUGCAUUUGACACCAUUGACCAUGAUAUUCUUUUACAGAGACUUGAGCAUCAAAUUGGCAUUAAAGGAACUGCCCUAACCUGGUUUAAGUCAUACUUAUCAGAUCGUUCUCAGUUUGUACAUGUUAACGAUGAAUCCUCCAUAAAUACUAAAGUUAGUCAUGGAGUUCCACAAGGUUCUGUACUUGGACCAAUACUAUUUACUUUAUAUAUGCUCCCUUUAGGCAACAUUAUUAGGAAUCACUCCAUUAACUUUCACUGUUAUGCAGAUGAUACGCAGUUAUAUCUAUCAAUCAAAUCCAAUGAAAUUAAUCAAUUAUCUAAAUUACAAACAUGUCUUAAGGAGAUAAAAUCCUGGAUGACCUGCAAUUUUCUGAUGUUAAACUCAGAAAAAACCGAAAUUCUUGUUCUUGGCCCCAUAAACCUUAGAGACUCAUUGUCUAAAGAUAUAGUUACUCUAGAUGGCAUUAACUUGGCCUCUAGCACCACUGUCAGGAAUCUUGGAGUUAUCUUUGAUCAGGAUUUGUCAUUUAACUCCCACAUAAAGCAGACCUCUAGGACUGCCUUCUUUCAUUUACGUAAUAUUAGAAAAAUUAGACACAUACUAUCACAGACAGAUGCAGAAAAACUAAUCCAUGCAUUUGUUACUUCAAGGCUGGAUUACUGCAACUCUUUAUUAUCAGGUUGCCCCAAUAAGUCCAUUAAAACGCUCCAAUUAAUUCAGAACGCUGCAGCACGAGUACUGACAGGAACUAGAAAAAGAGAUCACAUCUCUCCUGUACUAGCUACUCUGCAUUGGCUCCCUAUAAAAUGUAGAAUUGAAUUUAAAAUCCUCCUCCUCACCUAUAAAGCUCUUCAUGGUCAGGCCCCUUCAUAUCUUAAAGAGCUCAUAGUACCCUAUUACCCCACUAGAACACUACGUUCUCUGAAUGCUGGGCUACUUGUGGUUCCUAUAGUCUCUAAAAAGUAGAACAGGAGCCAGAGCCUUCAGUUACCAAGCUCCUCUCCUGUGGAACCAGCUUCCAUUUGUGGUUCGGGAGGCAGACACCCUCUCCACAUUCAAGAGUAGGCUUAAGACAUUCCUCUUCGAUAAAGCUUAUAGUUAGGGCUGGAUCAGGUGAGUCCUGAACCAUCCCUUAGUUAUGCUGCUAUAGGCCUAGACUAUCGGGGGAUUUCCCAUGGUGCACUGAGCUCCUCUCUUCCUCUCUCUUUCUGCACUCAUUCAUGUCCCAUUAAUGCAUGUUACUAACUUCACUUCUUCCCCGGAGUUCUUGUGCUUUCUCGUCUCGCAGGUUCUCAUGGAUCCUGGUGGAGCCUCCUGCCAUGGUCCUGCUUGACUGCCAUUGCCAAUACUGUUGUUGCUGUGCACCUGUCUGUCUGUCUGUCGCUCUCUCUCUCUCUCUCUCUCUCUCUCUCUCUCUCUCUCACCCCAACUGGUCGAGACAGACGACCACCCACCUAGAGCCGGAGGAUCUGUCCUAGGUUUCUGCCUUUUAACAGGCAGUUUUUCCUUGCCCUUGUCGCCAAGUGCUUGCUCAUGGUGGUACUGUUGGGUCUCUGUAAUUAAUGUUAAAGAGUUCGGUCUAGACCUGCUCUAUUUGAAAAGUGUCCUGAGAUAACUUCUGUUAUGAAUUGGCGCUAUACAAAUAAAAUUGAAUUGAAU